GUAUUGUGUGGUCGUCAUUUAUUGCACUGCCUAGAGCUCUAGUCAUUGGCUAAAACACAGUACGUUAUUUACGCGUGGAGCAUGUUCAUGAUAGAUGCCACACACAUAAAGGUGAAGGUAAACAACAGCGCAGCUUUUAGCAAAGGAUCCGGACCCGUGUUCGCGUUCGCCCAUGAGCGAUGGAAGCGCGCUCCCGAUACUUCAGGUGAAUGAGAGGGAAGCGGAGGAGCGGGACACGGUUCACUGUGCGUCGCACUGAAAAGAGGAACAAUUAGAGGAAAAUGAGUUGUGUUACGUCGCUCGGGGCCCAUGCUUUCAUGACAACAUACCUGCUCUUCGUGAUGGGAUGCGUUGCACAGAAAGUAUACUUUGACUGUGGUGCCAGGGUGGAUGUGGUGGACGUCCAAGGCCUCAUUCUGUCCCCCGGCUUCCCCUACAACUACUCAUCCGGGACACACUGUGUUUGGCAGUUCUUUGUGCCUGUCGAUUACCAGCUUGUUCUGGAGAUAUUUGACUUUGAUGUGUUUGAAAAACAUGACCCUGCCCAGUACUCCGCUUUCUCCAAUUUUGCAAAGGAAGAGGCAGACCAAGAGGGGACUUUCACUCCUGGCAGCUUAGAGGUAGCAGAAGAGCCCAUGCUGCAGCGCGUACGGGCUGUUGCAAAGACUAAGCAGUCCUCCCAAAAUGGCCGGGUCAACCAAGUGGUGGUCCAAGAACGGUCCACAAAGAUGGAGGUCGCCAAAGUCUCAAAUUCUGCCAAAAGAUCAGCGGAGACCUCCGGUGGCCUUUCUUCGCCAUCUCCCCCCUCUCCCCUUCUCCUACCCGGUGCUGUGUCUCCAGAAGACAAGACCGUCAACUCCGUCUCCUCGUCUCACCUCAGGGGAGACCUCAUUCCCGGCUCUAACCCGAUCACAGUGCAAGAGGCCACCGUCGCCUCGCCGCACUCCACCGACACUCCAGCCGCGAGCCCAGGCACCCAGCACUCGGAGCUCGACGCCUGCCCCCACGACGUCCUCUACAUCUCGGACCUCAUCACCUUCUCCUCCAGGUUCUGUGGGUCCAACCGGCCUCCCAACAGCCAGCUGGUUUUCGGCUCCAGCCGGGAGAUGGUGGAGGUCAUCAUGGAGCUCAUCACCACCACUCACUGGGGCCGCGGCUUCGCCCUUCUCUUCCACUACCACAACCUGACCGAGCCUGGGGGGGACCGCCGUGCCUCUGCUGCCACAGCCAGCAAGGUGGACUCUUUCCUGGCUGCCGUGAGCGGAGCGGCCUUCUUCGCAAUGAUCCUUACGAGUGCCCUCUGCAUCAUAUUCAGACCCAACCUGUGUCCAAAGAGAGCAAGCUCCUGUGCAUCCAGCACCUCUGAGGUGCCGGAGGGAGUCCAGAACACGGCGGCUGAGGUCAGCGAGCUGCAGCUGAUGGCUGAGAAUCAGAGCAACCUGGAAGGAACCACGGAGCAUGACAACAACAACGACAGCCCGCCACACACAGUCAGUGCAGGCGGUGACAUUUCCCAAAGUGCAGAGGUGGACCUUUCCUGCAGCGGGUUGACUGAACUCGACCUUGGUGCAGAUGAGGUUUUUAUUGUAUCUUCAGCCACCAGCCCAAGCAGGCUGCCCUUCUCGCCUCACACGAGGGAGCGGUUUCUCCGUCACAGCGACACCGGCCCCAGCUCUGCGGGCGAUUGGCCCUCGCCAGACUCUGCCACCUCGCCCGCUGGCGCCAGGUCUCCCAAGGACGGCGGCGGCGGCUGUGCCAGGCCCAGAGCGUGGAGCGUGCGCACCUUCCAGGACUUCCUCCCUCCUCUGCCACAGCUGCACAAGAAGUGGUGCAGCUGGAACUCCAACAGUCCCUUCACCAAGCUGGUGGACAGCGUUCCGUCCAGUUUGGUGGCUGACUGCGGAGGGGAGGACAGAAGGAGAGUCCUCUCGGACGUUCACCUGGACACCAAGGGGGACAAGAGCGGCAACUCCGACUCGUCGAUCAGCAAUGCCUCCUACCCUCUUUCGCAGCCCGCCCAGAGGCAACGGCGCCUCAACUCCACCAGCAACCUGCGCCGCUCCCGCUUCACGGGGCCCUGCUUCGGCCUCCUCACCGGGGCCACGGAGCCCACUAAAGCCCCCGGGGCUCCUCACGCCGAGGCCGCCCCGUCAGAACCCGGCUCUGUCCCACCUCCCUCCAGCCAGAGUCAGAUUGAGGGCGGCCAGGCGGGGAAGAGGCGCGACUUCCCGAGCGAGAGCGACCACAUCAGCGUGCCCGUGUUUGCCAUCUGCGAGGAGGAGGACCGGCAGCCCCUCGUCCCGGCCGAGCAGCUGGACCAGGCGCCCGCGUCGAACGGAUCGCUCAAGGGGAAACGCGAGGGGGCGGAGCCCGGCGGCGGACAGACUAGCUUCAGCCCACAGAGGCAUCGGGCCAGACCGGAGCGGAGGCCGUGGGGGAGCCAGGCGUCGGGAGGGGUCGGCCCCCUCUCUUCCGACACUCUCGCCGCCAUGACUGGGUCGAGCGCAGUCUACGAGAGCGGUUCGUCUCUUGGUCAGUCGCUGUUCAGCAUGACCAACCAGGUGUGAGCGGACGGGCUUCACGCUGCCGACAGAGCAGGGACUCCAGUGGGCCACUUUGUGUAACAUGUAACCUGUACGCCUUCCACUUGUGAAAUCAACUGUUACAAGCUGAUCACCCAGCGUAUUCUGUCCCGCCGUCUCACUCUAGUUGUUUUCCUUUCUUUUUUAAAGUUGUUUGGACAAAGAUGAAAUUUUGUGUUGCUUACCUUGUCAUGGCCAUGAUUGCUGCGGUAUUAUUUGUUUGAAAAAGAAAAAGGUGAGAUUGCAGAUGAGCAAAAAAGUAUUUUGUGAGCGAGUACUCCAGAACCCUCGACUGUUAGUAGCACUUUAUAACUAGAUUUAUUUACCACUUUGAUGCUCUUCGGUAAGUUAUAAUACUCUAAACAUUGCACUUUGCUUUCAACAGUUGCCAUGUGUCAGCUAACUGCUUUUCCCCCUAAUGUGGUUCUUCAUAUGGUUAUUUUUUUUUAGUACAAGCUAACAAAUGCUUAUACUUAUUUACCCCAAAUUGUACUACAGAGCAUAGAAAUGUACGUUGAUAUUAAUAUUGCAACAGUUUCUUCAUACCACAUGUACUCCUAAGGCUGAUACUGGAUUAUCAAAGGGAAAUCUAAAGUGAUAGUAUACUAUAUGCUUAUACUUUAAUUACUAUACUAAUAUUCACUAGUAUUCAGUAUAAAGAGAAUUAGCAAUCACGAGUAUUUAGAGUUCUGAAUUAAUAUCAAAUUUUAAUAAAAGUUAUGUCAUUCA